CGAGCAUGGCCCAACAACGACCGAUGCGGCUGCACCAGCAUCAUGGGCGCCACCAGCGACAGAUCGCCCAAAGCCAGGAGUGUCCGCCACGUGAUACCAGGGUUGGAAGGCCGUGUCCAGCCCAAAGGGUUCUGCCUCGAUCGCCCCCAGCCCGCUUCCCUUGCAAUCGCUUCCCUGUGCGAGCACUUGACGAACGCCCACCGUCGAUCCUUGACUGCACCGCUGUGCCCCCGCAAAGGCAAAAGAAAACCCCACCAUGUCGUCGAAUCCAGCCUACUGGGUCGCUGGGCUCUUGGAAAAGAUGAGCAACAGCGACUCUGACUUUCGAUACAUGGCCGCCAAUGACUUUAUCACCGAGCUCCAGAAAGCGUCCUUCUCGCUCGACGAUGCAUCUGAGAAGAAGAUGGUCAACGCCCUGCUCAAGCUUCUCCAGGACAAGAACGGCGAGGUCCAGAAUCUGGCUGUUAAAUGCUUUGGCCCUCUGAUCAAAAAGGUCCGCGAGGUCCAGGUCAUCGAGAUUGUCGAUCGCAUGUCCGCCAUGAUGGUCGACAAGAGCGAGGACCUGCGCGACAUUGCCGGCAUCGGAAUCAAAACAGUGAUUGUUGAGCUGGCCCCCGAUGCCCAGGUCACCGUCACGAUCGUGAAGCGCUUGAUGCCUCGUCUCCUCGCCCUGCUCAGGGAGAACCAGACCGUCCAGAUCGACAACCUCGAUGUCGUGAUCGAGAUCCUGACCCGCUUCGGCAGUAUCGUCGCCAGCGAGACCGAGCUGCAGGGCGCUGUGAAGGAGACGCUGAUCCCGCUGCUUCGUCACAACCGCCCAGCUGUCCGAAAGCGCAGCACGCUUGCCAUCAGCAUCCUGGUCACCACCGCCUCCGACAAGAUCUUUGUCGACUUCAUCUCGUACAUCCGGGACUCGUUGACCGGGGAGGCCAAGGGCUCGAACGCCGAGCAGAUCCGGACCUUUGUCGGAUGCGUUGGCACGCUCAGCCGCUAUGACCCCCAGCGCCUAGGCCCCCACCUGUCGACGUUUGUACCAAUCAUUUUGCAGUUCAUUCAACAUGACGACGAGGAUCUGCGCGAAGUGUGCCUUCAGACCCUCGAAUCCUUCGUUCUGCGCUGCCCAAGCGAAAUCACCGACUUCCUUCCCGAUGUGAUCAGCACCGCCCUUGUCAACAUCAAGUACGAUCCCAACUAUGCCGGCACCGAUGAUGAGGAUGACGACGACGAGGAGAUGGAUGUCGACGAAGACGACGAAGAAGAGGAGGAGGAGGAAGAGGACUACUCGGACGACGACGACCGCUCUUGGAAGGUCCGCAAGGCCUCGGCCAAGCUCCUGGGCUCGAUCAUCUCCACACGGACAGAGAUCCUCGAGACGAUCUACUCGGUGGCGCUGCUGCCGCUGAUCCGACGCUUUGGCGAGCGAGAAGAGAGCGUGCGCAUCGAUGUGAUCAACACGGUGACGGUGCUCGUCAAGCAGACUGGCAUUGUCACGGGCGUUACGCUGUCGCGCAAGACGGCCAUUUCGGCCAACACUGGCUUGACCGAGACUCUCAAGCAGCAGCUGCCCACGCUCAACAAGCAUCUCCUGCGCCAGCUGUCUAGCAAGUCCAUUCCUACUCGUCUGGCUGGUUUCAAUCUGCUCAAGGAGCUUGUCGCCACGCUCCAGGGCGGCCUCGAAGCCCACAUUUCGGCGCUCAUCCCCGUGAUCAGCACGUCGUGCACCCACGCCCAAGUGGUCAAGACCGCCACCACCUCCAACCUCCGGAUCGAUGCGCUCGGCUGUCUGCGCGUGCUCUUGAUGACCCACGAGCCCCAGGUUUUCAGCCCACAUCUGGCCAAGCUCGUAGCUCUUGUCAUCAAGACGCUGUCGGAUCCCUUUUACAAGAUCCGCUCGGAGGGGCUCUUGGUGACGAUCGAGAUUGUCAAGGUUCUGCGACCUAAGACCGAGCUCCUGCAGGGAGUGGCUCCGUCGAGCACAGCCGCCGGCUAUGCCAACCAGUUCUACACGGUGGUGAUGGAGCGCCUCCAGAGCACCGACGUGGACCUCGAGGUUAAGGAGCGCUCCAUCAAUGCACUCGUGGUGCUGCUGGCCCAAGCUGGCGAUCUCAUCCCCGAACACGACGUUACAACCCAGGCCAUCCCCUUCCUGCUCGACCGCCUCAAGAACGAGCUGACCCGCCUGGUCACGGUCCGUGGCAUCAAGGUCAUUCUCGAUAGCCCUCUGGUGGCCCCGGCCCAAGACAAGUCGCCUCUCCGCUUCGAGCCCGUCCUGAACCAAAUGAUUGCCGAGAUUGUGGGCUUUUUGCGCAAGACCCAGCGCCAGCUCCGAGUUUCGAGCCUGGCGGCGCUCGAGUCGAUUGCGCGCGUCUAUGGCGCACAGAUCUCGCUGCAGUCCUACCAAGAGAUCCUGAACGAGCUCCGACCGCUGCUCAGUGACUCGGAUGCGCAUAUCAUUCCUCUCGCCAUGGAAACCCUCUGCUCGAUUGUGCUGUUCAGCCCCAAGGAGCACGGCCUCGUCAGUGUCGUGGAGGCGCAGAUCUUGCCGCCGCUGAUCACCGUGAUCACGGACACGCCCCACUUGGUGAGCGCCGGCGCCGGCCUCGAUGCCUUGUUGAAGCUGUGGGGCAGCCUCUCGACGGCGUACGGACCACAGAUCGCGGAAAAAUCGAUUGCGUUGCUGGUCGAACCUGUGUUUGAGAGCACCCAGUCUCGCAUCUCCAAGCAGGGUUACUUUGCGAUCGCCAAAUCAGUUGCGAUCCUGUCCGGCUCGACGUCCCAGCCUGCCAUUCUCAUCCAGAAGUUUGUGGCCAAGGUUGAAGACGGGGCCUCGAGCGACCACGUCCGACACCUCAGCCUCCUGUGCCUGGGUGAAAUCGGCAGACAAGUCGAUAUCUCGACCCUGUACCCGAACGUGGCCGACACCUUCCUCGGCUACUUCAGCUCUCCUUCAGAGGAGAUCAAGUACGCGGCCGCCUUUGGCCUUGGCAACAUCGCCGUUGGCAACCUGCCCAAGUACCUUCCGCCAAUCCUGCAGGGUAUCCGCGACGGCGGCAAGAGCCAGUACCUCCUGCUCGUUUCUCUGAAGGAAACGAUCACGUUCUCUACCUCGGCUCGCUCCCAGACGGCCCUUCAGGAGUACAUUGACGAAAUCUGGGAGCUCCUGUUCAGCAACACGGAGGCCACGCACGAAGAGGGCACCCGAAGCAUCAUUGCGGCGUGCCUGGGCAAGCUGUCGCUGAUCGAUCCUGUCAAGUACCUUCCCAAGCUGCAAGCUCGAUUGACCGGCCAGAGCCCACACAUCCGCUCUACUGUCGUGGCUGCCAUUCGCUGGAUCUUCACCGACCAUCACGAGCACGACGAGUAUGAGGCGAUGCUCAAGCCUAUUCUCAUUGACUUUUUGACUCUUGUCCGCGAUCCGGAUCUGAACGUCCGAAAGGUUGCCUUGAGCACUUUCAACCUGGUAGCGCACAACAAGCCGCAUCUGCUUGGCGAGUCGCUCAAGGAGCUGCUGAAGCUGCUCUACCAAGAGACUGUUGUGAAGAAAGAGCUCAUUCGCGAGGUCAUCAUGGGCCCGUUCAAGCACCUUGUGGAUGACGGACUGGAGACACGCAAGAGCGCUUUCGAGUGCAUGCACACGCUCCUAGACACCUGCCUGCAGCAGCUCGAGAUCUACGAGUUCCUCAACGUCGUGCUGAUCGGCCUGAGCGAUGCCUCGAAUGACGUCAAGAUCCUGUGCCACAUGAUUCUGCAGAAGCUUGCGACUCUGACCCCGACCGCCAUGGCACAGAGGCUGGACGAUACCGUUGAUGCCCUGCGUGCCACAAUCACGACCAAGGCCAAGGAGAAUGCCGUGAAGCAGGAAAUUGAAAAGAUCAAGGAGGCAGCCGUGAGCGCCUGCAAGACGGUGCUCAUCCUCAGCCAGAUCCACGAUCCGUUCUCGAACCCCAAGUUUGAGGAGCUACUCAGCAAGGAGAAGGUCGCCUUCCCUGAGCUUUUCUUCCUCGCGCAGCAGGAGCUGGACUCGGCCUCUGCGGGCACGUCGAUGGAAGUGUAGAGAGGGAGAUGCCCUCGCCGGAGUUGUGUUGAGCAACACAACCCGUCGCAGUUCCAUGCUCUGGGUGAUACUCUGAUCUUUGUUGGCGGCGCUCAAUAGCAACGCAUCAGUUCCUGUGA